AUGGCGGUGGCGGCUUACGGAACGAUGGCUGGGACCGGAGUGGCCAAUAUGGUGUUGCUCAACAACUGUGACGAAAACCAGUUGAUCGGAAAUUUAAAAAAAAGACUCCGCAAAGGAUUGAUUUACACGUACAUCGGCGACGUGCUGGUGAGUGUAAAUCCCUACAAGCCACUACCGAUAUACAGCGAAAAAUUAAUGAUGCAGUACUACAGCAAAAAUGAUGUUGAAGAUAUGCCACACGUAUAUGCCACUUCAGCCAACGCAUUUAAGUCAUUAAAAGAAUAUCACCGCGAACAAUGUAUUUUGAUAUCCGGUGAAUCCGGUGCUGGGAAAACGGAAGCGUCUAAAAGAGUACUACAAUUCAUUGCUACAGCGUCACGCGGUGUUGAAUCUAUCAAAGACAAACUUAUAGUGUCCAACUCGGUUUUAGAAGCAUUUGGAAACGCUAAGACCACUAACAACGACAAUUCCAGCAGAUUCGGAAAAUACAUGGACGUUCAGUUUGAUCUUUUAGGUCGACCGGUCGGUGGAAAUGUUUUGAACUAUCUGCUAGAGAAAUCCAGGGUUGUAAAACACAGAUGUCAUGAACGAAACUAUCAUAUAUUCUACCAGUUGAUUAACGGAGCCGAUGAAUGGUUGACUCAAUUACUUGAAAUCGACAAGGGAGUCGAUUAUGUGUACCUAAAAGCAGGCGGUCACGCUAACGGUAACCAGCCAGAAAAAGAAGUCGACGACGAUGCCAUCAAAUACAAGGAAACGCUGAAGGCUCUUCAAGUGCUAGAAUUCGACCUAAACGAGAAAAUGGACGUGUUAAAAAUCGUAGCUAGUAUUUUGCACUUGGGUAAUCUGGUUGUCAAUGAGUAUGAAGGAAAAUCCAAAAUCCAAAACGACGGUACCACGCGCAUAGCGGCUGAGCUACUUGGUGUGCCAAAAGAUGACUUGGCUUUUGCACUGCUGAACAAGACGAUAGAAGCGAACGGAGAAGUGAUCCGAUCGCAUUUAGAUGUGGCAACGUCAAACUAUGCCAGAGACGCUCUAGCCAAAGCCAUUUACAGCAGACUUUUUGAAUGGCUCGUAUCGCACAUAAACAAAACUCUUCAACCAACACCUACGGUUCUCAAGAGAAGGCAUCGACUAAACAAAACCAAAUCCAUCGGUAUACUCGACAUUUAUGGCUUCGAAAUUUUACAAAACAACGGGUUUGAACAAUUCUGUAUAAACUACUGCAACGAAAAAAUGCAAAAGUUUUUUGUUGACCUGACUCUGAAAGCGGAACAAGAUGAAUACCUGAACGAAGGAGUCGAAUGGACACCAGUCAAGUACUUUGAUAACGGAAUUAUAUGCGAAAUGAUCGAAGACAGAAACCGAGGGAUUAUAUCGUGUUUGGACGACGAAAACUUAAGACGGGCCGACGCUUCCAAUGGGACGUUUUUACACGAGUUAGCGGAGCGAAUCAAAGACCAUGAGUACUUCACGUGUUAUCAGUUAGCGGACCUGCGCACAAAAAAGAAAGCCAUAUCUCCAAUGGAAUUUGAAAUAGUCCAUUUUGCUGGCACUGUAAGAUAUGAUGCUUCCGAAUUUUUAGAGAAAAACAACGACCCGCUGUUCGGUGACUUAAGCCAAGUCAUGUCCAAAUCUACUAAUGAAAUCGUCAAGACCAUUUUUUCGGACUGUAAGACCCCGAACAAGAAAAUACCAGAAACCACGCUGAAGCAGUUUAAGAAAAGUCUGAACCUGCUCAUCGAAACGUUAGUAACAAAACAACCGUCGUACAUAAGAUGCAUCAAGCCGAACGAGGACAAGGAUCCGGACGAAUUCGACUGGGAACUGGUCCGGAACCAGGUAACGUUUCUAGGUUUGGGAGAGAUACUGCGGAUUCGAAAAGCAGGAUUUGCGUUCCGUGAUUUGUUUGCGUCGUUUCUCAAGAGAUACAAAUGUCUGUGUCCGGAUACAUGGCCUCACUGGAACUAUACGUUUGAUGCCGUUGACGCCGUUCGUCGCUUGGUCCAGUACAUAGGUUUUACUGACAAGGAAUACAAAAUCGGAAAGACAAAAAUAUUGAUUAAACAUCCGAAAACGGUGUUCGAGAUCGAAGCUCGGUUCCAGAAACAAAAGAACGCAAUAGCCACUAUCAUCCAAAAGUCGUGGCGCGGAUACAGGGCUCGCAAGAGGUUUUUGCUGCUCAAGAUCGCGGCCACGCGGUGCCAGAGGGCGUUCAGGCGACGGCAGCGACACAGGCGGUUGCUGAAAAUCAAAGAGUAUGAAAUCGUUACAGGACGAGUAAUAUUGAUACAGAAAAAUGUCAGGCGAUUUCUGGCCGCCCGGAAAUACCGGAAAAUGUUAAACACCAUCGCGAUCAUUCGAAAUUUUAUCAAGGGAUUUAUCACCCGGAAUGGACCGCCCAAUGAGUACAAUCGCCGGUUUAUUGGAUACAAACGAGCCAGAUACCUCGUCGCGUUAUCCGAAUCGUUGCCCAAGGAUUUGCUGUCCAACAAGCCGUACCCAGUUCCACCGACCUGUUGCUCUGAAGCUUUUGAACACAUAAAACGGCUCCACCGCGUGUGGUUAUCGCGAAUUUACCGGUUGAAGCUGGCUAAAAACCCGGUGCUACACGAACAACUGAAAUUCAAACUUCUCGCAUCUGAAAUCUUUAAUGGAAAAAAAGCUUCUUACCCUGAAAGCGUGUGCUACGGAUUUCGGGAAGACCGCCACAAUGUGAUCACGGGAUUCAAGUUGUGCGCAUUGUCAUCCGGAUCGAGUACGGGUGCCGCCGCGGAAUAUCUAUACGCUACGUGCGUGACGAAAUUCGACAGGAGAGGGUACAAACCUAGACCGAGGAUACUAGCAAUCACGAAGGACGCUCUGAUGCUGGCGGAGAAGAACGACAAGAUCCAGAAAAACAAAGAUGUAGUUCCCUUACGACAAAUAACCGGUUUGCACAUGACCGACGGACUAGACGGUUUCUUAUUGAUCCGAGUGUCCGAUCGACUGGAAACAUGCAAGGGUGACAUUUUAUUGGAAGUUCCACACUUAGUAGAAUGUGUGACUGUCGUCUCAAAACAAGUACCGGGCUUAGCAGAAUUCGUCAACAUGAAGAAAAGCGUUUGCAUGCAACACCGUAUCAGAAAAUCAAAAAAUCCUGGAAUCGUGGAGUUCAUUCUGGUCGGCGAUUGUCAACAAAAAGGCGUUAUCAGCAAAGGCAGCAAAGGAAACUUGACUAUUACAGGAUGACAGACGUUUCAACAAUAUUAUACUUUUCAUAAUACGAACACCAAUUACAAUAGUAUUAAUAUGAACGCUUUUAAAUUGGUCUCGUGACUUAAAAAUUUAAACGUUUUACUAUUAAAAAAAAAAAAUCGAGAUGGUAUUUUUGAAUCUAUCAUAAAAGAAAGGUAGUUAACUAUGUAUUAUUUUCCCUAGUAUUUCGUUAUAAUAGUUUCAUGAUGAUAUUAGUAUUAUGAUUUAUAUUACUUCGUUACAAUGUUCAAUGCACCGUGUACAUAUCGCCCAAUCAUUACCACUUAUGUUCAACAAAAUAAUUCAACAUUAUAUUUUAUUAACAUAAAAACUCCCCUCUCCCCUUAUUUUUAUAUCAAAAAAUUAUAAAAUGUUACAUUUUAACUUUAUAAUAAUAAUAAAACAUAAUAUAGUGAUGUUAUUAUUUUUAACGUUAACAUUUUCAAAACUGGGCGAGACACUAAAUAGGUCAUCCAGUUUCUUAUUUGUCUUUUAAAAUUAUAAUUUUUAAAAAUGAUACAAAAACUUAAAUUAUUAGCGUGUUUGCUUGUUUAAUGUACUAGUUGACAUCGUUAAUUCAAUUCAAAAUUUGUAUGAUUUUAUGUUUACUGUAGUUUUAAAAUGAUAUAAAUAUAAAAUGAUCAUUACAAAAUCUGAAUUAUGUUUUAAUUAUUUGUGAAAAUAAUUACUAAUAAAGGUAUUUAAUAGACCAUAGUCCAUAAGUUAUCUAAACUUUAC